CUUGGAUCUUGUUUGUUUGGACUAUAAUUGGGAGGCGUUUUUGGUUAGUUCUCUGAAGAUGGCUACUGUUCUCCCGAAGUUUUCUGAUUUGUAUAGUUUGAAAGAAGAAGUAGGGCGUGGGGCAUUCUCAAUUGUUCGAAAAUGCAUUCAGCUCUCAACAGGUUUAGAAUUUGCCGCUAAGAUCAUAAAUACAAAACGUCUGUCAACCAGAGACAUGCAGAAGUUGGAACGCGAGGCCAGAAUAUGCAGGCUCCUGAAGCACCCUAACAUAGUUCGCCUAUACGAUGACAUUCAGGACGAAGGGUUUCACUACCUCGUAUUUGAUUUGGUAACUGGUGGUGAACUCUUCGAGGAUAUUGUUGCUCGAGAAUUCUACAGUGAAGCGGAUGCUAGUAACUGUAUGCAGCAAAUUAUUGAAAGUGUGAAUUAUUGUCAUCAGAAUAAUAUUGUACAUCGAGAUUUGAAGCCAGAAAAUUUGUUGCUUGCUAGUAAAUCCAAGGGGGCUGCAGUGAAACUAGCGGAUUUCGGUCUGGCGAUAGAAGUUCAGGGUGAUCAACCAGCUUGGUUUGGUUUUGCUGGCACUCCUGGUUAUCUUUCUCCAGAGGUUUUGCGUAAAGAACCAUAUGGUAAAGCGGUAGACGUCUGGGCUUGCGGUGUUAUUCUUUACAUCCUUCUUGUUGGAUAUCCACCAUUCUGGGAUGAAGAUCAGAAUCGAUUGUACAGUCAAAUCAAAUCGGGAGCAUAUGAUUAUCCUUCACCAGAAUGGGAUACAGUUACCCCUGAAGCUAAGAAUUUAAUCAACCUAAUGCUAACAGUCAGUCCUGCAAGGCGAAUCACAGCUGCAGAAGCCCUCAAACAUCCAUGGAUUUGUCAACGAGAACGUGUCGCUUCCCUUGUGCAUCGUCAGGAGACGGUGGAGUGCUUAAAGAAAUUCAAUGCACGACGUAAAUUGAAGGGUGCUAUACUUACGACUAUGCUAGCCACACGCAAUUUUUCUAUGAAAAAGGAUGACAGUUCUGGUCGGGGUACCGUUCCAGGAAGUCAUACUUCUGUAACUAAGAAAUCUAAUGAUGGUAUUAAAGAAUCAUCUGACAGUUCUACUGCAGUAAUGGAGGACUCAGCUGAUAUAAAAAAAUUAUUGGCAUGUAGUACCAUUGUCAAAGCAGAGUGCUCUGUUGAAAGUGAUUCAUCUCCUAAGUUUCAUGCUCUGGAUAAACGCUAUAGAAACCUUCAUCGUUCUAGUCUUGAUGAUUUCAUGCUUUUUUUAAAACACGGAUUUGGAUCAAGAAAACCAACUCGUCGUAUAUCCUGCAAGGAUCUUGGACAGGGAGAUUGUCAAGGUUGGCUUUGGUUGAAGAAAACCAACCCACUUACCAGUAAAUAUGUGAAGCGAUGGUGUGUUUACAAAAACUCAACGUUCUAUUAUUACAGAAAUCCUGAAGAUGAUUCAGCUGAAGGUUUAAUUCUGUUGCAUGGUUUCACGAUCACUCCUGCAGUCUCAGCGAAAUCGGGAAAAUUUGCAUUCUCAAUUUUCAAUGAUUGGGUUCGCUUUGUGUUCGCUUCUGAUUCUGAAAUUGACCGAUCAAAAUGGAUGAAUAAGUUAGGCCUAGCUUCAAUCGGUUUGUCAUCUACCAUACCAAAUUCUCGUAUUGGAGGUUUCAAUCCUGGUUAUGUGGUUUUAUGCGACUCGAAAAAUAACGAAGUAAAGGCUGAAAUCCCGCAUCUACAUUCAUGCACCGUCUUAUCAGAUUCACCCACUAAAAAGUUCCAAGGCGACAACACAUCUGGACUUCGAUCUCAGACCUUAUCAACUUCCAAAACUACAGAUUUCGCAGAAAACUCCUUAACAGUGGUGACUUCCCAGCCUGUGUCAACCCCUCCAAGGCAUGCAGCACUACAUUCAGUUUCAUCACCAUCAUUUUCUACGUUUGAUUUGCGUUCGAAUUCUUUACCAUCUGAACCCCGUGCUGUCCGCUCUAUAAUUUUUCCUCGGAAUAGUGCUCUAUCACCCUCAGCUGGACAUUCAUCAUCUCCUGCUCACACUAGAAUUAGGCAUCGUCAACCACUUGAAAUCCCUUCAGUAGCAUUCAGAUGCUAUAGUGAGAGUGAAGAUGAAAUAGACGAGGAUGUUGAAGCCGAAUGUGAUGUGGAUGAAAACUGUAUCUCUGAGGGAGGCGCACAACUAAAUCUUCGAAACCGACCAGGGUCUGCAUCCCCAUCACAUGAACGAAGAUAUGUUAUUUUAAACAGUACAGAAGAAAAUGAAUGUUUACAAGAAUAUAAAAAGCUGAUUUCAUGUAAAAGUGAACUACAUGUGUCCGAUGUACAUGCUUCAAUGCCUUUAUCACGUCCAUUAAGAGCUGCGCAUAUCAUUACGAAAAAUCUCCAUUGUUCUGAUAAACUUUCAGGUGUCGAAAAGAUUGUUGGCGUAAGAAACAACGAACCAGUCCCCGAAUGCAGCAGUAGGCGUUUUAAUAACUGA